AUGUCGAUAGUUAUCCACAAUGGUACGCACACCACGGUCGCCGGGUUUUCCCAAGUGGAUAUGCCACAAUUGUUGUGCUCUUCGAGUUAUACCAAAAAUGCCAACGACGAGCUUGUAUUUGAUACAGAUGAAAUUAUAGAUGGGCCAGAGACUCCAGUUUUUACCAUAAUGAGUCCAGAAGGAGUACCGUAUGACUGGGAAGCAUUGGAAAAACAAUGGCAGUGGAUUGUAGAAACCAAGCUUGGUGCCAAAUUGGAAGAAACUCCAUUGGUAGUGACGGUGGCUCCCGACAUUACACCUGAAAUUAAGACCCAAUAUUCAGAACUAGCCUUAGGUAGGCUGAAAGUACCUGUAUUUCAGAUGGUGUCGGAACCGUUAGCAGUUUCGCUUUCCUUAGGACGAAACACUGCAUUGGUCAUUGACAUAGGCGCAGCAAAGACAACUGUAACACCAAUAAUCGAGGGCACCAUACUUUCCAGUGCGGCGAUACGGUCGCGUUUCGCAGGGGAUUUCUUGGAUUUUCAAAUUCACGAAACGCUCAAAAAAACAAUCCAUGGCGAGGAAAAGGAAGAGUCAUCCAGCUCUAACCCGUCUUUUAGCGCAUUCUGCAACUCACGUACGUGGAUUCAAGAGUUCAAGGCUUAUAUGCUGCAAGUGUCCCCUUCCAGGCUGCAGGAAAUGGACUCCGCUACCGUUGAUAUGCUGGGAUUGAACAUCCCCAAAAACUUUCUUUACCAGAAACGUAAGACUGUGAGUUUGACACAGAAAGAAUGCUGCUUAAUAACGGAGGGAAUAUUUCAACCUUCAGUAGCGUCAAGUCAGUUUGCUAACGAGGAAGGUUUGUCGGAUAUUGUGUCGAAAGUUGUCAAAAAAGCAGGCGCCGCUACCACACAAAACUCUUCUACUUCGAAUGUGACUUCCGCAGAGCAAAUCCACACUGCCCUACUCACAAACAUAAUCAUCACCGGUUCUUCGUCGCUCAUUGCUGGUCUCGAGCAGCGCAUUGUCAAUGAUCUGAGCUAUCAGUUCCCGCAAUACAAACUAUCUUCAUUUGCUAAUCCCUUGGUGCUCGACCGUAAACUUCAAAGUUGGCACGGCGGCGUCACAAUGGCCAACUUGCCUUCUUGGGAUUUGGGCGAUUGGGUGUCUCGUAAGGAUUUGGAGACGACCAAAACAGAGGAAAACUACUAA